AUGUUGAGCGGAGAGAAUCUGUAUACCGUGAGUGUGUCGGCGCCGGGGAAGGUGAUCCUGCACGGGGAACACGCGGUGGUUUAUGGGAAAACGGCCAUCGCUGUCAGCCUCGGGCUGAGGAGCUCUAUCGUUAUAAAGGAAGUCAAAACCGUCGGAGAACCAGCGGUCUACAUCCACCUACCCUGCGUCGGUCUCCAGGAGACCAUACCCCUUAACCCCACCGUGAAGGCUCUCUUCAACCCGCAGCUCUGCCACGGCGUCACUGGCAAGUUCUCCUGGAAGAUACCAGGGCAUCUGGACCAUGACAACCAUCUCAGGAAGGUCAACGAGUUCCUGCAUCAGAUCAAGCCGAAUUUUGAUGAGCUGCCGAACAACCAGAAGAAUUCUUUGAGGAGCUUCCUUUAUAUGUAUUCGGGGAUUUUCGGGAGUACGAAUUUGCAGGUCAAAUCCAUGGACAUUUCCAUGGGCUCAGAGCUGACCAUAGGCGCUGGGACCGGUAGCUCCGCCUCAUUCGCCGUCUGCCUCGCGGGUGCGCUCCUACGGCUGAUGGCGCUGCGGGCGCGAGGCAGCUUCGAGCCUCCCGGUGAUUUUGAGCCGCGCGAGGCGGAGGCGAUUUCAGCUUGGGCGUAUAACUGCGAGCGGAUCAUGCAUGGGACGCCUUCAGGCAUAGACAACGAGACCUGCACAUUCGGCUCCAUCGUCUCCUUCAAGAAGGGCACGAAGGCGCGCCACCUCGACAUCCGGCUCAACCUGCGAGUACUCCUCGUAGAUUCGCGCGUGAAUCGCGAAACACACGCCCUGCUCGUCAAAGUCGCGGGCAUUCGGCAAAGGAACACCGCGGCUGUGGACCACGUGAUGAACGCGCUGGACGACAUCGCUCACACUGCCACGCAGGUUUUGGAAAAACUCGCUGGUGGCAAGUGUCCAGCUGACACGGACGCAGACUAUCAACACUUAGGAGAACUGUGGGACAUGAACCACUGCCUUUUGGCGGCGUUGGGCGUGUCACAUCCAGCCCUAGAAGCGAUCAGGAGCCUAGCGCGGGCCCGGAACCUUGCCUGCAAGCUCACGGGUGCUGGCGGCGGAGGGUACGCGAUGAUCCUCAUCCCGCCUUCAACUCCACGCACCACUGUGGACUCCCUCACGGGGCAGCUCCUCGAGAACGGCUUCCGCGUCACGGAGACCUGCCUCGGCGGCCCCGGCGUGCAGCUCGAGAUGUGACACAGAGAACAAGGCUAAAGCCCCGGUAGACUACUCCUACAAAUAUUUCAGC